AUGGUCACUCUCAUAUCCCCAGCUUUGAUACAAGGAAACGGGGUCACCGGCCAAAAGCGUAAAGCCAUCGAGACUUUAACUGCUGAACGACGGAAAAUAACCCGAGCUUGCGACUCUUGCAAAGUGAAGAAAACAAGAUGCUCCGGGACAUUACCAUGUCAUCGUUGCAUCAAGCUGUCGAGAACAUGCGAAUAUAAUGCAACAUAUACCAGAGGAACUCCACCGUCCCCGCUGCCCGCUCCGGGCUCUGCACAUCGCCAAAAUGCUGUACGACGUUCGACGCCUUCAGUUCGAUCGUCCAUUCCUAGAGGCCCUGUGUCUCCGAGAUCAGCGCUCGCGACUUCAAGUCCGACGGGAUCCCAGCUGCGUCAGAACUCACAGUCACUUGCCGUCUUGUCAUCGAGGAACAGUUCACCCGAGCCAGAGGCCACGGACUUGGAGGGUAACUAUUUAGGUCCUUCUUCCGGUAUAUCUUUUCUUUCCAGGAGCUGGAGACGGUUGAAACAAGAUAACAUAUCGACAACACCGCGUCUUCCCGAAAAUGAGCCCUCCAAGAAUACCCCCGUUCUAUUAUUUGGCGAUAGGCCCUUUUCUGAUAAAGCCGACUGGUCUACUCUAGAGCUGCCACCAAAGGAACGCGCCAUACGAUUGCUGGAUACAUACUUUGACUUUUCCAUUGUGACAUAUAGGUUCCUCCAUAGAGGCAAUGUAAUGGCUUUGUUGAAUAUGAUUUAUGAGAAGAAUAUUUUACCCUCGAAUCCUCCGCCUAGUCAGUCGGCGGCCAAAGUGGGAGUUAUUUACAUGAUUUUUGCAGUGGGGAUGCUAGGUGAGGAGCGAAGGAUUGGGAAUGAUGAGAUUCAUCCAGAAAGUGAGAGCGAGCGAUGGUAUGCUGCAGCUCGGCAUAUGAUGUCAAUUGAAACCGGACCACCAGCUCUAGAAACCAUUCAAGUGCGCUUGGGAAUAUGUUUGUUUCUGCUAUCGUCUUCGAGGGCAAAUCAAUGUUGGUACAUGUUUGGAACCACCAUGCAGCUAGUCACAGCUCUGGGGCUGCAUAGGAGACGGCUGUCCAAGACAACUCGCGGUGGGCCGGCAUACGUUGAGCAGGAGCUGCGCAAGCGUAUAUUUUGGAGUGCCUAUACUCUGGACAAAUACUUGAGUGUCAUGUUUGGACGGCCACGACUCCUGGAUGAUGAAGACACUGACCAGGACUUUCCGGAUGAGGUGAACGACGAAGACAUGUUUUUGGAAAAGCCGCCACGGAUUCAAGAUGCUAUGGAUGGCAUGAUGAUUGCUUCUAUAUUGCAUUUCAGGCUCGGUCUUCUAAUGGGCGAGAUAUCCCGAAGAGUAUACCCCACGAAAGCAGUAUCUACAGUGGCUCCAUACGAAGCAGCAAUCGAACUUGUCGCGGAGCUACAAGAAUGGAAACGGAGCGUGCAUCCGUUGUUCGGAAGCGUUCGAGCUUCUAGUUUAAUCCCACCGCUUUGCCGGCAAAGCCAUGUUUUACAAUUUGCAUAUAACCAUGCCAUGAUACACGCGACUCGACUAUUCAUUCUCAAUGACUUCACCGACUUGACACGCCGACCCUUGGUUCCUCUCGAUUUGGUAACAACCCAUGUCCAGAAUUGCAUCGAUGCCGUCAAAGAUGUGAUGCAGCGUGUAGAUACCCUAGCUGAUCAAGGGUCCAUGCUAGAGUCCUGGUGGUUCACACAUUAUAUCUGUUUCUGUGCCAUUCUAGUGGCGUACAUAUAUACCAUCCAGCAACACCAGUCAUCAACUUCCGAUCCUACAACGCCGAGUGUUUCCAGCAUGAUGGAUGACGUGCAGGACCUGUUCAGUCUUGCAGAAAGAUGUCAGGUUCAUUUGGCAAAGGCUACCCGAAAGAACUGCCCAAGUCGUCGAUACGGCAUCAUUCUUGAAGAACUGAGGCUUGAAGUCCACAAUCAACUUGCCGCGACCACUACAACAAACAAUAAGCGCCCAAAUCUGCCGCAAACGAUGGAAGCUACUGGAGUACAACAGAGUCUACAGGUUGAUAAACCAUAUCAAGUCGAAAUGAAUUUUGAACGACCGACUAUGAAUAUGAAUACGGGCCUGGACCCGUUCCCAUACCUAGGAAACCCGACUAUUUCCAGCAUGGAAGGUCCAGACCUCCUUGGAGAUGAUGACUUUGGGCUUUUGAAUAGCUUAGAUGGGUCCGUUUGGUGGACGCAGUUAGACUCUUGGGCAUACUCCAGUCUCAACAAUGACUCUUCAGAGUUCAACUUCUGA